GCGGAGAAGCCACAAACCCAGCGGCUAGUGGAGAGGAGCGGGCCAGGUGCCUGGGGCUGCCAGGCCGGGGGAGGGGGGCUCGGGCAGCGUCAGCUGGAGGGACCCUUGAGCCGGCGGCUGCCGCUGCUGCCUCCUGAGAAACCCGGGGCAGAGGGACAGGGCCCCCGCUCCUUACCCCCGUCACCUCCCCCAUCCCACCCUACCCCUGCCUCCCUUCCUUGCUCCCCCCCCCCCCGGCUUCCCACCACGGCCGCUCUCGGCGAGGAAACUCUGGCCUCCGCUUCCUCCUCCUCCGACUCGGACACCGGCGGAGCCUCCCCGCCACCGCGAAAGAAAGCGCGGGCCUCCCCGGCGGCGGCGGCGGCGGAGGGAGCAGGAGAGCCCGGGGCUUCUGCGGGCAGAGCAGGCCUCACCUCGUCCCCGUCCCCCUCGCUCUCCGCCGGGCUCGCCCCCCCAGCUGCCAACCCCCUCAGAGCCAGCGGGAGCGCCGGCAGCAGCAGCGCCAUGCAGGCCAACGGGGCAGGAGGGGGGCAGCAGCAGCAACAGCCGCCGUCGUCGUCGUCGCAGGGUCCUGAGCUGGGCUGCCUCAGUGCCCAAAACGGCGAGGCCUCGUCGGGCUCGACCGCCGGGGAGCAGCUGGCUCAUGCCAACGGGUUGCUGCCUUCAGCCAACAACGGGGGUGGAGGCGGCGGCGGGCCGAGCGUCAACAACGGGGUUUCGGCCCCUGGGGGGUCCGUGGCCGAGAUGGGGGGAGGCAGCGGCGGCGGGAUCGGCGGCAGUGCCCUGAAGAAAAAGAAGCGGCUCUCCCAGUCCGAUGAAGACGUGAUCCGGCUCAUCGGGCAGCACCUUCACGGGCUGGGCCUCAACCACACUGUUGAUCUUCUAAUGCAAGAAUCAGGAUGUCGUUUAGAGCAUCCUUCUGCUACCAAGUUUCGCAAUCAUGUCAUGGAAGGAGAGUGGGAUAAGGCUGAGAACGACCUGAAUGAACUCAAGCCUUUAGUGCACUCUCCACAUGCAAUUGUGAGGAUGAAGUUUUUGCUGCUGCAGCAAAAAUAUUUAGAAUAUCUGGAAGAUGGUAAGGUUCUGGAAGCACUUCAGGUUCUACGUUGUGAACUGACACCGCUGAAGUACAACACAGAGCGCAUUCAUAUACUCAGUGGAUAUCUGAUGUGCAGUCAUGCAGAAGACCUGCGGGCAAAAGCAGAAUGGGAAGGGAAAGGAACAACUUCCAGAUCUAAGCUUUUGGACAAACUCCAGACUUACCUACCACCAUCAGUGAUGCUCCCACCAAGGCGUCUGCAGAACCUGUUGCGUCAAGCUGUGGAGCUACAACGGGACCGGUGCCUCUAUCACAAUACCAAACUAGAUAACAAUCUAGAUUCUGUAUCGUUGCUUAUAGACCAUGUUUGUAGUAGGAAACAGUUCCCAUGUUACACACAACAGAUACUAACAGAACACUGUAAUGAAGUGUGGUUCUGUAAAUUCUCCAAUGAUGGCACUAAACUAGCAACAGGAUCAAAGGAUACAACUGUUAUUAUAUGGCAGGUUGAUCCAGAUACACACCAGCUAAAAUUACUCAAGACACUGGAAGGCCAUGCAUAUGGUGUUUCCUACAUUGCUUGGAGUCCAGAUGACAACUACCUAGUUGCCUGUGGCCCAGAUGACUGCUCUGAGCUUUGGCUCUGGAAUGUACAAACAGGAGAGCUGAGGACAAAGAUGAGCCAGUCUCACGAAGAUAGUUUAACAAGUGUGGCCUGGAAUCCAGAUGGGAAACGUUUUGUGACAGGAGGGCAGCGUGGACAGUUCUACCAGUGUGACUUAGACGGUAAUCUCCUGGACUCCUGGGAAGGAGUGAGAGUGCAAUGCCUGUGGUGCUUGAGUGAUGGGAAGACUGUAUUGGCGUCGGAUACACACCAGCGAAUUCGGGGUUAUAACUUCGAGGACCUUACAGACAGGAACAUAGUACAAGAAGAUCAUCCAAUUAUGUCUUUCACUAUUUCAAAAAAUGGCCGGUUAGCGUUGUUAAAUGUAGCAACUCAGGGAGUUCAUUUAUGGGAUUUGCAAGACAGAGUUUUAGUGAGAAAGUACCAAGGUGUUACACAAGGGUUUUACACGAUUCACUCAUGUUUUGGAGGCCAUAAUGAAGAUUUCAUCGCUAGUGGCAGUGAAGAUCACAAAGUAUAUAUUUGGCACAAGCGUAGUGAACUGCCAAUUGCGGAGCUGACAGGACACACGCGAACAGUCAACUGCGUGAGCUGGAACCCACAGAUUCCAUCCAUGAUGGCCAGCGCUUCUGAUGAUGGCACUGUUAGAAUAUGGGGACCAGCACCUUUUGUAGACAACCAGGAUAUUGAAGAGGAAUGCAGUAGCAUGGAUAGUUGAUGGUGAACUUGGAGCAGACGACUUCCGUUUAACUUAAAUUUAGUCGUAUUUUAAAUGGCUUGGGAUUUGGUGCAAACAAACAUGAUUGAUAGCUGGACAGACAUGCUCGUCAUGAAAAAAAAAAAGAACCAUUUCUGAAGCCCGACUGGGGCCAAACAUUGUACCACCUUGCUUCAUAGUAAACAGUUGAAAUGAAGCACGUCGUUAGAACGUUGUUGGACACCAUGUUGAAGUAACCCCCCAUCGGUUGUGAAGAACUGUGCUACAUUCAGGCUAACCAUUGAAGUCCGUAUAUACAUUUUUCCCUUCUGCCAUUUUGUCAGGCAGAUUACUGUUCUUGUUGCUCUUCUGUGUAAUGAAGUUUAAAUGCUUGUUUGGAAAACCUUUUUAUUUAACAGUUUAGAAGGCUUGAUAGAAAGAGUGCUUUAGUCUGAAGAGUACAUGUUGGAUAGGAAAGUAUUUCCUUCUCUUGUUUCUCUGAGUCUCUCUCCGCCUUAUUUAGCUUGAGAUCUUUGCAGCUUGGUUCAUGGAUUCUAGCCUUGCCCAUUGCGCAGUAUAUCUACACCCAGAUGUUAAACCAGUGAACGACAUGAAAAGCACUCUCAGUAUCACACUUGACAAAAGGUUUUGUACUUUUCACAUAGCUUGUUGUCCCAUAAAUGGGUUAACAGCACAAUUUUUUUUAAACAAAGUAAAUUAUUUAUAGCAUUAAAAUAACUUCAUUUGUAUACAUUUGGAACAUAAACCAGCUUAAAAGUGUCAUCUACAAGUAAAUGCAGUAUAACUGGUGCUCCCCUGGAGUGUUGUGUAAGACCAUUUGGCUGGCAGGAGUUUUACAGAUUAUAUGAAGUAUUAUUUUAAAAAAGAAACCUUGUUUACCACCAUAAAAAUUGAGAGUUUUCAUAAUCACCAACUAAAGAAGUACAAUGUAUUUUCUGAAGUUAAUAAAUGAAAAUUUCAAAUUGGCUUUAACUUGUGCAAUGAUUCUUAUUUAAAGUUCUAGAAUGAGGGCAGUACAUGUAACAUUAUCUUUAAAAAUUAGUGAGAUGAGCAUCUCUUUUUAAAAACUGAUGCAUACAUUGUACAAGCCUUCCAUAUUGUCCGCUGGCCAGGGCCUUUUUUGAGAUAGUGCCAUCCAUCACCUGGCACUAGGAAUGGCUCCUUGACUUUCUUUGUGCAAGAAAGAAAAAACCCUAGUUUGUGUAAAAGAAACCUAGUUUGCUGUCUGCUCUGUUGACUUCAGAAUAGAUUUGACUUCCCCCUUGGUUGAAGGAUUAAAAUGGCACUUAAGGUCACUCUCAAGUUUAAAACUAUAACAGGAAAGAAAGCAGCUCAUAAUGAAAAGAACUAUCAGUGUUCUUGUGAGACCAGAUAAAAUAGAGGUAUAUGGCUUUGGGAGAAGGAAGAUCCAGGAUUGGAAGGAAAUUUGUUUGUAUUUGUGCAUAUUUAUUUUAAAUGCACAGAUUCUGUGAUGAGGAAUAAAGAGUGGCCACUGCACUAGUGUGUAUCCCUUAACUCAGAUUUGCUUUCGUUUUCCUUCAGAGCCUUUUGAUUUGAUGACAAAUAUCUGAUUGACUCUUUAAACCAGAACAAGUGAUAUUCUAUUAAUUUAAUACAGGCAAUUCAGUUGUUUUAUCUUCAAGACUUUUUGAACAAACAAAAAUCACGAUUUUAAUAACCCAGUUCCUAAAACUGCAUGUGAAGACUAGGUUUACUGAAAAAUCUUUAAACAAAAGAAUGCCUUCCUCUUGGGUCCUAGAAUGGCUUUGGGAGCAGCAAAUAAUUGUAUGUCUAUUUGUGAGCUCCCUUAAGCCAUUUCAACUUAUUUUAUGAAAAUUUCUUUGUCUGUUCACAUGUAACCUCUUAAUUUGACAUUAAGAUUUUUUAUUAUUGGCUUUUAUAGUCUACUUUUCAGCCUGUAUGAAAAUAUUUGCAGAUAUUCCCAUUCUGUAUGCUAAGACUUUAUACCUGUGUUUUUGACAUAGUGCUAGAACUGCUUGCUAACACACAUAUCUUGAGGAGUUUAGAGAGCAAGUCAGGGACAAAAUCUAAUAUGCAUAAAUAAUCAGUUUAAUUUGCAUUCUCUGAUUUCUGUGGGCAUUUUAGUCUGAGGCUUGUAGUUACAGUUGUCUACGUAGGCCCUCUACAAACUUUUGAGCCUCUUGCUUUCUUAUCUUCAAAAUGCUUUAUACCAGAUGGAACUAAUUUGAGAGCACCAGAAUGAACUCAUGCUUUCCUCCCAUAUUAAGGAACUCGUGAAUUUAAAAGGAAUCAAAAGCACUUCAUAAUAAAUGAGAAGCAUGGGUUUCAAGAGAUCCGCUUAUAAUAAAAUUAGUUUUAUAAUAUAAGCUAUGCAACUUUAAAUGCAAGAGCUUCAGAUGGGGUAGGAUAAUUGAGCUGCCAGAUGGACACUCAUCACUGGCGUAAGAAAACACACUGAAUCAAAUGAAACCAAGUCAACACUUUCUUGCUGUAAUAAUAACUGAUCUGUUUGAGACAUAGAUGAGCAGCCUAAUUCUUACAGAUUUAUUUCUAAUGUGUGAAUUGAUAAAAAGCGCCACUACCAUAUUUUAAAAAAAAACCAAAGCUAGACAGUAGUGGAAGUUGUAGACGAGAAGAUGAGGAAUAGGUAUAUCUGCAACAUUCACUUUCAUAUAUUAUUAAAAAGGCUGCUGUACGCAGUAAAGGCUGGAGCAAUCACUAAUAGCUGGCCAUAUUGUACCCUGGACAGAAAAGGUGUUAUAUGUGAAGGAGAUAAACAUAGUUCACAUUUUGCCUUAGGUUUUUGCACCCUUGUACUCCAAAGUAUGCACACUGGCUAUAAAUCACUACAAUACCUUUACCACAGUGCUUCAGGGCUGAUCAGGUAAGUUUAUUUAAAAAGGAGCACAAAAGAGGAAAUGGGAUUUAAUUUUUAUGCUGCCCUUAAAAAUAAGUCUUGUAAAUGUGUGACUUAGUUCCUUUGCCAUUUUUUAAUUUAUUAAGUUUCCUCAUUAAAGUUUAGUUUGAAACAGAAUGCAAAAGACAAAUUUUAAUGUGAAGUCACAUAAUAGUACCCAAGUUUUGCCAACAAACAUGGUCUGGCUUCCAAGCAGGUAUUGUUGAAUGUAAUUAAUCUGAUAGUAGAUUUUGAGUGCCAUCUUAAAUAAAAUCUCCCACCCCAAACAAUAAAGAAGGCUUUAAGUUGAAAUGUUUUCUCAUAAACCAGUUAUAUGCUGGCAAUACAUAUGUAUAUGGGGAAGGGGAGUUGUAAAGAUUAUUAUUUUUUUUUUGUUAACAGCAGAAGAAUGUCUAGUUUGUAAUUUUGGGGUAGAAAGGGAAAAUGAAACCAUUUCUAGUAAGACUUGAUGCCCUUUGUCAAUACCCCAAAGCACACAAGUUGCCUCAAUUUGAUACAUUUCAAGCAAGCAGUUUAAACAAGUAAAAAUCCUGUAUAUGAUCAAAAUGUAUAUUACAUUGGCUCGAGUCCAUUUUCAGCUGCCAUAGAACAAAUUGCUUAUUUGACAAUUAGUAGAAUUUUGGAAACACUUUGACACUUUUUGAACAGGGUGGACUUAAUUAAUUUGUGCAGUGUUGUCUGCAGUAGCUGCUCUAGUUGCUGGAACACAAAGUAGAAACCCAUUUCCUGCUUGCUGAACCAGAUUAUCUGGAUCCAGCAAAAUUGUGUGUGUGUGUGUGUGUGUACGGUAUGAACGUGUGUGCGUGAAACACAACGUCAUGGAACCAAUUGUUUUAGGUACAUGUCAUGUUUUACUGCAUACUUUAAGUCAUGUAUGUAUGUGAAGUGUCCUGACUUUAAGAUUUUGGUUAAUACCAAUAUAUUUUUAUAAAUUUGAAAUUUAGUGUGCCCCAUCUUUUAAGUGUUUCAUUGUUAGGAUAAAUGUACUAGAUUUAAUUCUUAACACUUCUUGGCACAGAUGGAAAAAGUUUAUUGGCUCCUUGAAAAUGUAUGAGGAAGAAACAAGCUGUAGAGAUCAAGAAAAGAACUUUUGUUGUUCUCAAAUUUCUAAAUUGUCAAGAUUUAUAUGGAGUUGUGGUGGAACUAGUUAACACUUAGAGCUUUUGGUAUGUAAUGACUAUUUGCUAUGGACUGAUAUUAAAUGUUUCAAAGGAUUGCAUUCUUAAACUUUCUGGAUUUUUGUUACUCUCCUCUUGGAUUAUAUUAAGUAGUUUAAAUAUUUCUUUACUAUAUAACAUUAAAACAUAAGAAAUUUGGGUCUCCAUAUUUAUUUUCACUUGUUUAACUAAUUAUUUACAAAACACCUUAACUUUUUUAUUUUAUAAAUAUGUAGUAUAUUAAACAUAUCUUUAAAAUGUUCAGUUCCAACAAAAUUCCUGAUUUUUGCUUUUAUUGGGGGGUUUUUAAAAAAAUUACACUUUUCCAUGUUGGUGCAUAGCACUUAACAAAUAUUUGUAUUCCCUUUCUUUCCAAUUCAAUAAACAGAAUGAAUAACUGGA